AUGCCGUUCAGAGGAUCUGAAGCGCGAGCCUCACGGUACCCUCUCCGAAGUAAAACCACUCCUUGUGAAGGAACCAAGUGCCACAGGUCCAGAAGUCCUUUGACCCGGCCUGGUCAGGAGGAUGAAGGAAGGAAGUGGAGUGACCGCUUUCCGGAACCCCUGUCAAAGCCGAGCCAGUCAAAGCAGCAGAGUGUCAUCACGGCACCUCUGUCCUUAGAGCUACAGGCUUCACCGGUGUCAACAUCCAAGUUUGAUGGAGAUGAAGUGCGAGCCUCACGGUACCCUCUCCGAAGUAAAACCACUCCUUGUAAAGGAACCAAGCGCCACAGGUCCAGAAGUCCUUUGACCCGGCCUGGUCAGGAGGAUGAAGGAAGGAAGUGGAGUGACCGCUUUCCGGAACCCCUGUCAAAGCCGAGCCAGUCAAAGCAGCAGAGUGUCAUCACGGCACCUCUGUCCUUAGAGCUACAGGCUUCACCGGUGUCAACAUCCAAGUUUGAUGGAGAUGAAGUGCGAGGUUCUGCAGAUCUCUCGCAGAAAGGGCACAUUGCUCAGAAGAGCAAGGAAGAUGCGCAGAAGACUCAACAAUCAUGUUUGAAGAAGAUUCCUGGACAGUCAAGGAAGAAGUCGUCUCUGAAUUCAGGGCGGCUGCCAUCAUAUUCUACAGUACAGGCCCAAGAGGAGAGCUCUCCGAAAGCUCAGAGCGAUCAAAGCGACCUCCAUACCAUUGAAGGACUGCCAUAUAUACAAGGUCCUAAACUGGGGGAAGGUGGAUAUGGCACUGUUUAUGCUGGGACCCGCAUAUCUGAUGGAUUGGAAGUUGCCAUCAAGUACGUCUCUAAAGAGUCGGCAGAGAAAAAACAGUUUCCUUCGUUGCAGGGUUCAAUGCCAUUGGAGGUGGCAUUAAUGUUACUUGUGAGUUCACCUCCAGCCUGUCCCAACAUCGUGCGCAUUUUGGAUUGGUUUGAGCAACCGAAACAUUAUGUGAUGAUCAUGGAGCGUCCCGAUCCCUGCGAGGAUCUGUUGACGUAUUCCGACCGCAACGAAGAUAUAGACGAGGAGAUGGCUAAGCCGGUGAUACUGCAGCUGGUUAACGCUCUGAAACACUGCGAGAGCAGAGGAGUCAUGCACCGGGACGUCAAGCCUGAAAAUGUCCUCAUCUGCACGGACACGGGCGAACUCAAACUUCUGGAUUUCGGGUGUGGAGAUUUUCUGAAGGACUCCUACGAAGAGUAUGCAGGCACUGCUAUCUUUGCUCCACCUGAGUUGUUUCGCUCCGGACAGUACCAAGCGAGAUCUACGACCGUGUGGUCUGUAGGCAUAACACUGUAUGAAGUUCUGUUCGGUUCAGUCCCGUUCUCCACCAUACAGAAAAUCAUCAAACAAAGACUCUCUCUACCGACUUUCCUCUCUAAAGAAUGCCGACACUUGCUUCGAUGGUGUCUUCGUAAAACUCCAGAUAAACGUCCCAGUUUGGAGGAGAUCGAACAUCAUCCCUGGUUUCAGUGA